AUGGCUUCGGAUGAGCAAACUCCUGUUACGUUUGUUGUCCAGUAUCUUGGCAAGCGUGACGCACGCGGAUUAUGGGGUAUCAAAUACACUCGACAACCAGUCGAUGAACUGGUGUUAGAGGCACGAUCUCUCAAACCUGGAGUGACUUUACCGCUUUUGAAAUUGCAAGUAUCGUCAGAGGGCUUGACAGUAAGGGAAAUGCCUCAAAACACAAACCCCAACUUUGAAGCAGGGCUCUUUCCUAUUGAUUCUAUAUCGUAUGGUGUUCAGGAUCUUGUGUAUACCCGUGUUUUUGCAAUGAUCUUUCUUCGAGACUCACCAAACGUUUACGAGGUACAUCCGUUUGAGUGUCACGCUUUUGUCUGCGAUGCUCGACAAAGCGCGCGUUCCUUGACCCUAGCUCUUGCCUCGGCCUUUCAGGAGUUCGGCAAGAUCGUCAAAAAAGAAGGCGGUAAAAAAAAACCUAACAAAUUCGCCAUUGAUCUUCGAAGUGCUGAGGAGAUCCAAGCAGAACUUCGUGGUAAUUUUACUGACCACUCGAACGUUUGA